AGUUUUUCAAAAAUUUUCUCUCUCUUACCGCAUUUCCUCACUCACUCUUCCACAAUUCCUUCUCAGAAAAUCUAGGUCAUAAAAUUUGAAAAUUAUUUUGUUCGUCUCACAUUUUGGCAUGCUCCAUUACUCAAAUUCAAAUUAACCGAUCGAAAUUCUUCUAAAUUUUUGCGGAAACUAAUUCAAUUUUUUUUCCUGUAAAUAGCAAGAAUGUCGACGGAAGAUGAGAAGUUAUUAAAAGAAGCGAAGAAACUUCCAUGGGAAGAUCGGUUGUUUCAUAAGAAUUGGAAAGUUCGUAAUGAUGCGAAUAUUGAUUUAGUUUCAUUAUUUGAUUCUAUUACUGAUCCAAAGGAUGCACGUCUUCGUGAAUUCGGUCAUUAUUUCAAAAAGUCAGUGUCGGAUUCUAAUGCACCUGUACAAGAGAAAGCACUUGAUGCUUUAAUUGCUUAUUUAAAAGCUGCUGAUGCUGAUGUUGGAAGGUAUGGAAAAGAAGUAUGUGAUGCAAUUGUUGCAAAAUGUCUUACUGGGAGGCCGAAGACGGUGGAAAAGGCACAGAUAGUGUUUAUGCUUUGGGUGGAGCUGGAGGCAGCUGAAGCUUUUCUGGACUCCAUGGAGAAGGCUAUAAAAAAUAAAGUGGCUAAAGCGGUUGUACCAGCCAUUGAUGUCAUGUUUCAAGCAUUAAGUGAAUUUGGGGCCAAGGUUGUACCUCCUAAGAGGCUUCUCAAGAUGUUACCCGAGCUUUUUGAUCAUCAAGACCAAAAUGUUCGUGCUUCCUCUAAAGGAUUAACUCUAGAAUUGUGUCGUUGGAUAGGAAAGGACCCAGUCAAAGCCAUCUUGUUUGAGAAGAUGAGGGACACAAUGAAAAAAGAGCUAGAGGCAGAGCUUGUCAAUGUUUCAGGGAUAGCAAAGCCCACUCGAAAAAUAAGGUCAGAACAAGACAAAGAGCCCGAACCAGAAGUUGUUGCUGAAGUGACAGGCGCUGGACCGUCAGAAGAUUCAACUUCUGAUGCUCCUCAGGAAAUAGAUGAAUACGAGCUAAUUGAUCCAGUCGACAUAUUAACACCAUUAGAAAAGUCAGGAUUUUGGGAUGGAGUGAAAGCUACAAAGUGGUCAGAGCGGAAAGAGGCUGUAGCUGAAUUGACAAAACUUGCUUCCACAAGGAGAAUAGCACCGGGCGAUUUCACUGAAGUCUGCAGAACGCUUAAAAAGCUAGUCACAGAUGUGAACUUGGCCGUCUCAGUUGAAGCCAUACAAGCCAUAGGAAACCUUGCAAGAGGGUUACGAGCACACUUUUCAGGAAGUUCACGUUUUCUGCUUCCUGUUUUACUUGAAAAGCUGAAGGAGAAAAAGCCUACUAUUACCGAUGCUUUAACUCAAACAUUACAAGCCAUGUACAAGUCUGGAUGUCUAAGUCUUGUUGAUGUGCUUGAAGAUGUUAAGGCAGCAGUGAAAAAUAAAGUGCCUCUUGUGAGAUCAAUGACUCUAAAUUGGCUAAAUUUUUGCAUUGAAACAAGUAACAAGUCUGUCAUUCAAAAAGCUCACAAGGAUUAUGUUCCAGUCUGCAUGGAAUGCCUUAAUGAUGGGACUCCUGAAGUUAGAGAUGCAGCCUUCUCUGCUUUGACAGCCAUAGCCAAGUCCGUGGGAAUGAGACCUUUGGAAAGGUCAUUGGAGAAACUCGAUGAUGUUCGAAGGAAAAAGCUCAAUGAUAUGAUUGGUGGUCCAGGUAGUGGCCCAUCUGCUAGUGCAAGUGCAGUUAAUGUGCAAAUCUCAAAUGGAGCUGCUUCAGAGGUUUCAGGGAACUCAUUUGUAAAGAGAUCAGCAGCAAGUAUGCUAAGUGGUAAAAGGCCUGUCCAGGCAGCUCCUGCUGCGAAGAAAGGUACUUCAGCAAAACCUGCUGCCAACAAAAAGGCUGAUGGAAGUGGGCAGCAAAAAACAUUGAAAACUGUUGAACCUGAAGAUGUUGAGCCAUCAGAGAUGAGUCUUGAGGAAAUUGAAAGCAGAGUAGGUUCUCUAGUACAAGCCGAGACUAUAUCUCAAUUGAAAAGUGCUGCAUGGAAAGAAAGACUAGAAGCAAUUUCCUCACUGAAAGAGCAAGUUGAGGGUAUUCAGGGACUCGAUCCGUCAGUAGAGAUUUUGAUACGUUUGCUGUGUGCUAUUCCUGGAUGGAGUGAGAAAAAUGUUCAGGUCCAGCAGCAAACAGUUGAAGUUAUUUCCUAUAUUGCAUCUACUGCGACAAAGUUUCCCAAGAAGUGUGUUGUUCUCUGUCUUCUUGGAUUAAGUGAAAGGGUGGCUGAUAUUAAGACCAGAGCUCAGGCAAUGAAAUGCCUGACUACAUUUUCAGAAGCAGUGGGUCCAGGAUUCAUUUUUGAAAGACUAUAUAAAAUUAUGAAAGAGCACAAGAAUCCUAAGGUCCUUAGUGAAGGCCUUUUAUGGAUGGUUUCGGCUAUUGAGGACUUUGGUGUUUCUCAUUUAAAGUUAAAGGAUUUGAUUGAUUUCUGCAAGGAGACAGGACUACAGUCAAGUGCUGCUGCAACUAGAAAUGCCACGAUUAAGUUGAUUGGGGUCUUGCAUAAAUUUGUUGGUCCAGAUAUAAAGGGGUUCCUUGCAGAUGUUAAGCCUGCACUUCUUAGUGCGCUUGAUGCUGAGUAUGAGAAAAAUCCAUACGAGGGGCCUUCUGUAGCUCCAAAAAAAACAGUAAAAGCAUCUGAUUCAUCAUCUGUUGCGGUUGGGGGCUCAGAUGGAUUGCCACGUGAAGAUAUCAGUGCCAAGAUAACUCCUACCUUGCUAAAAAAUUUUGAAAGUCCUGAUUGGAAGACACGCUUGGAGUCCAUUGAAGCUGUUACUAAAAUUUUGGAGGAGGCAAAUAACCGUAUUCAACCCAUUGGAACAGGAGAACUGUUUGGCGCUCUUAGAGGGCGUCUGUAUGAUAGCAAUAAAAGGCUGGUGAUGGAAGCCUUAUCUACCGUUGGUGCUGUUGCAUCUGCCAUGGGUGUAGCUGUUGAGAAGGCGAGCAAGGGUAUUCUUUCUGAUGUCUUGAGGUGCCUCAGUGACAAUAAAAAGCAAAUGCGAGAAUGUGUUUUGACAACUUUGGACUUGUGGCUUGGUGCUGUCCACCUUGAUAAAAUGAUUCCCUAUGUCACAGCUGCGUUUUUGGAAUCAAAACUUGGUGCAGAGGGGCGUAAGGAUCUUUUUGAAUGGUUAUCUAGACAACUUUCUCAGCUAAGUGACUUCCCUGAUGCAGUACAGCUACUAAAGCCAGCAGUUGUUGCAAUGACGGAUAAAUCAGCUGAUGUUCGUAAAGCAGCGGAUGCAUGUCUCUCAGAGAUUGUAAAAGGAUGUGGUCCAGAACUGGUGAUGAAGAAUUUGAAAGAUAUUCAAGGAUCAGCUGUUGCUCUUGUUGUUGAGAAGCUGAAACCUUAUGGGGCAGUUCCAGAACUCCAUGAUUCUUCUCAUAUAAGCUCUACUGCAUCACUCCCCAAGAGCGGUGCUAGAGGUGGUAAAGUUAACUCAAAUGCCACCGGGGAUCGUGCUUCCAAGCACGGAAUUAAAUCUGUAUCAUCGAGGUCAGCUCCAAUGAAGAACUCGAGAACAGAGUUGAUCACGUCUGUUUACGAUAUUAAUAUCCAGUCUCAGCCACUACUAAAUAUAAAGGAUUCUAACAAGGAAGAUAGGGAGAGGAUUGUUGUCCGCCGUUACAAAUUUGAAGAACCUCGUUUGGAGCAAAUUCAGGAUCUUGAGAGUGGAAUAAUGAGAUUUUUUCGAGAUGAUUUGAGUAAAAGACUUCUGAGUACAGAUUUUAAGAAGCAUGUGGAUGGCAUUGAAAUGCUACAUAGGGCACUUCCGUCUAUUGUAAAGGAUCUAAUAGAAGUUAUGGAUAUAGUGUUAAGGUGGUUUGUUUUGCGAUUUUGUGAGUCCAACACGACUUGCUUAUUGAAGGUUUUAGAGUUUCUUCCUGAACUUUUUGAGGCAUUGAGGAAUGAGGGUUAUGCAUUGACUGAAGCCGAAGCAACUAUAUUCCUACCUUGCUUGGUAGAAAAGUCUGGACAUAACAUCGAAAAACUACGAGAAAAAAUCCAUCAGCUGACUAAACAAAUUGUCAGCGUAUAUUCAGCAGCAAAGCUUUUUCCUUACGUUGUGGAUGGCUUACGUUCAAAAAAUAACCGAACACGAAUAGAGUGUUCUGAUCUUGUUGGUUUUCUUCUUGAAAACCAUGUAACUGAGAUAAGUGGACAGUUGAAAAGCUUGCAGAUUGUUGCAAGUUUAACAGCUGAACGAGAUGGUGAAACGAGGAAAGCCGCUUUGAAUGCCCUGGCCACCGGUUACAAAAUAUUAGGUGAGGACGUAUGGAGAUAUGUUGGGAAACUCACUGAGGCUCAAAGAAGUAUGAUCGAUGAAAAGUUCAAGACAAAGGCUCGUGAGAUGGACAAAAAGAGGGAAGGGCGGCCUGGAGACGCAAGGGCUGCUCUAAGACGUUCAGUCAGGGAUAAUGGGUCUGAUAUAGCGGAACAAAGUGGGGAGGUUUUGAGAUCAAUUGCAGUCCCAGUUUUUGCCCGGGAGCAGUAUGUUCAUCCUGAAAUGCACAUGGAAAGGAAUUUAUUGCCUCGAGUACAUGCUGGAGUUAGUGGUCCAACGGACUGGAAUGAAGCACUGGAUAUCAUAGUGUAUGGUGCACCAGAGCAGUCUGUGGAAGGAAUGAAGGUGGUUUGCCAUGAGUUGGCACAGGCGACAAAUGAUCCUGAAGGAAGCACAAUGGAUGACAUUGUCAAAGAUGCAGAUCGACUUGUCUCAAUCUUAGCAAAUAAGGUUGCCAAGACAUUUGACUUUAGUUUAACUGGAGCUUCUUCAAGGUCUUGCAAAUAUGUUUUGAACACUCUUAUGCAGACGUUUCAGAAUAGGACUCUUGCUCAUGCUGUCAAGGAGAGCUCUCUCAAUAAUCUGAUUACUGAACUUCUGCUUUGGCUUUUGGAUGAACGGGUUCCCCGCAUGGAUGAUGGAGGCCAACUUCUAAAAGCUUUGAAUGUUUUGAUGCUUAAGAUCUUGGAUAAUGCUGACCGAACGUCAUCAUUUGUUGUGCUCAUUAAUCUAUUACGUCCAUUGGACCCUUCUAGAUGGCCAGCACCAGCAUCAAAUGAAGCCUUUGCUGUCAGAAAUCAAAAGUUCUCUGAUUUAGUUGUUAAAUGUUUGAUUAAACUGACAAAGGUUCUUCAAAGCACUAUUUAUGAUGUAGAUCUAGAUCGAAUUCUUCAGAGUAUCCAUGUCUAUCUUCAAGAGCUUGGCAUGGAAGAGAUCAGGAGAAGAGCGGGAGCGGAUGACAAACCGUUGCGUAUGGUUAAAACUGUUUUGCAUGAAUUGGUAAAACUUCGGGGUACAGCUAUUAAAGGUCAUCUUUCCAUGGUCCCCAUAGAUAUGGAACCUCAACCCAUUAUACUUGCCUACAUCGACCUAAAUCUGCAGACUUUGGCAGCAGCAAGAAUGCUUACCCCAACUGGACCUGUGGGACAAACUCAUUGGGGUGACUCAACUGCAAACAAUCCACCUUCUACUACUCACUCUGCAGAUGCCCAGUUGAAGCAAGAACUGGCUGCAAUUUUUAAGAAAAUUGGAGAUAAGCAGACCUGCAGCAUUGGUCUAUAUGAACUGUACCGUAUCACACAACUGUACCCCAAGGUUGAUAUCUUUGCUCAGCUGCAAAAUGCCAGUGAAGCAUUCAGGACUUAUAUAAGAGAUGGAUUAGCGCAGAUGGAGAAGAAUGCAGCUGCUGGAAGGACGCCUUCUAGUGUAUCAUUAUCAACUCCUCCUCCAGCCUCAUUAACUCUUUCUUCACCAAAAUUGGCUCCUUUAUCCCCCGUACAUACAAAUUCACUGAAUGAUUCAAAAUCACCAAAUACUGGAGUAGAGCCAACCAAUUUUACUUUGCCACCGUCACUCAGCGAGGACGAGAGGACAGGCAAUCCUACCUUUGGAGGUUCAAUGUUUGAUUCUAAUAUGGGGGACCAAAGAAGUGACAGACUGCCUACUGGAGCUACUGGGACACUCGAUGCUAUAAGAGAAAGAAUGAAAAGCAUCCAGUUAGCUGCAGCUGGUGUGAAUCCAGAUCCUGCAACGCCGUUAAUGCCAAUGAACGGUAAUGUUGCUCACAAUCAAGCUCAGUAUGGGUCAGAUGAUGGCUCUGCUGAGAACCCAGUUCACAGUGGAGUUCUUCCUAUGGAUGAAAAAGCAUUAUCUGGGUUGCAAGCCCGGAUGCAACGGCUAAAGAGUGGAUCCUUUGAUCAUGUAUAGGAUAGGAAAAAGGUUAAUCUUUUUCUUGGUAGCCCUUCUGUAUGCUCGGAGUUUGCAAAUACUGAUGUGGCCAAUUUUUGUUGGAAGCUCGGCUCUAAUACUGUAAAAGGAGCAAAGGAUAAUCUAGAUUGGCUACCCUGAAAAGCUUGUUUCGAAAUGCUCAUGGUUUGUACGGUUUGUACGUUUAACCGUAAUGUAUUCUGCAGAGGCCCAAGGUUUGUACUUGGGUGAUUCGUGAGACUCAUUAUAGCCGAUUUUUUUUCUUACACCUAACCAUUCUGUGUGCCAAUUCUUGUAUAAACCCUACAUAUUGUCAUGUACAAUUGAAGCAUAUGCAUAAGUCUGACAAAUGUAUCUUUUUGAUGUAACGUUAACAAUAACAAUGAAAUUUUUUGUUUUGAUAUAACCUAAUUUCAGUUUGA